CGGUUCCGUCUGCAACCUUUUGUGCUGCAGGCAAGGUGCUGGUGAUGGGUGGGUGGGUUGGGAGGGUGCCCCAGUCACCGAUCCUCGGUGCCAGCCCCCGUUGCGGCGCCGCCCCUUCCUCCCUGCCUCGUGUCGGGACCGGGCGCGCGGUGCCCGCGCGGUGCUGGGGAACCCCGGCCGGGUGGGCCUCCGGGAUGGGCGGCGAGGCGGCCCCAGCAGCCCCCAACCUCGGCGGGCUGGUGCUCGGGCACCCGAGUAGGGGGACCGGGGGCCGGUGAACUGGGUGGGGCCCUUGCGGGGUGCUGGGAUCCCGCGGUUCCUUGGCACAGGGGUGGGGCCGGAGACGCCGUGAGUGUGCAGCGCGUGUGAGUGAGUGUGCGGGGGCGUGCGCCCCCGUGUGCGCGCGGCGUGCGCUCGCCGGGAGGUGCGGGCGCCUGGCGGCCCGGAGCGCCUCUCCCGCGCUGCAGCGGCGCGGAAGUCGGGGCGCGUUGGCGCGCACGCUCGCUCUGCCGCCGUGCCCGCUCCGCGGGGCGGCGGGCAGGGGCCCCGCCGGGAAGCAGCUGCUUCCCGGGUCUGCUGUGCCCCUCGACGCGCGCGCCGGCUGCGGCUGCCCGGGCCAGAUAGCGCCUCGGGGCAGCCCUGGCGGCCUUAUCUCGCCGGCCCUUCUCACCCGCGCGGCGAUCCGGGGGCGAGGCCGCCGCGAGCCCGCAGCCCGCUGCUCGUGUACCGAUGCGGCGGGGGCAGCCGGCCGGCCGUGGCCGGGGGCGCGCGUGGGCACUGGGGCCGGGCGCUGGCCAGGAGCGAAAGCGGCAGAUGCCCUUGGGCAUCGCCGCCCUCGCCCCACCUGUCGCGGGUGGACUUCGGGGCGGGUGGGAAGCGGAGAAAAGGGGUUUCCAGGCGGGCGGCCGUCAGACCUUGAGCAGGCGGCCCCAUUGUGAAGCUGCCAAACUCUCUCUAGUGGUGGAAUCUGCAAAUCUCUGCCAGAAAGGAGAUGGGAACUCGAAGGGAAUGAUGGCCCCGUCCUUUUCCCCUUGCAAGUGUUCCACAUCCUUAGGGUCUCUCUGCCUCUCCACCCAGGCGACUUUGCACCCGGGGAGUAUCUGGAGUAGAGCAGAAAAAUUAUUAUGCCUCUGUUCUCUUGGGACUCAUUGGAAAUUGUACAGUGACGUCUUCUGGGAUCUAGUCUGGGAAAUGGCAGAAAUCCUAACCAGCCAAAUGAUACAACUUUAAAUUUCCUGUGGAGGAAAGGUCAGUAAUGUUCUGUUCACUGGGGACAAUCUCAGCACAGCAAGCAAUCCUUCUGAUUAAAAUUCCUGUUGAGAGCUAGUGAUUUGUCUGAUUGAAAAGUUAAGUAGGUCCUUAAUCACCUAGAUAAGAUGACAUCACUGAGGCAUCAUAAACUGCCCAACAGAUGAAUAACCCCUCUCAAAUAUCAACUUCAUUUUCAAAUUGGAAAACAAAAACAUAGGGCUGCCAUUUAACAGCAACUAUUUAUAGUUCUGUGAUGUAAGGCCUCCAGUUUCCUAUAAUUCCCAUUGUUUUCUAAAAAUAAAGACCCAUUUAACCGAGGACGACUGACAAGUGAUCUUGUGAUGGAUUUGAGUUAUUGUUCAGUGUGUAAGACUAGGGAGAGUAGCACAACAUCAUGUCAGCACUGCUGGAAACCUCUGGCUUGACGGGGCACCCGCUGCCUUUGUCCUCUGUAAAUACCUGUUUGCACACUGGUACUGUUGAGAAAAUAACACUCUUGUGGUUGGUUUCUGCUUUUCCAGUUGAAAACACAGGCCUUUUAAAAGAUGAGCACACAGCCAGCAUAUUUAGUUGGAAUCAAGCGACAGACCUAAUGAAUUAGGUCAGCGUCAAGAUCCAGCUCCCCUCCCCCAUCCUUAAAGUUCUUGUUUUUAAACGUGGGAAUUUUGUAUCUGUAUCACCUACAUCUGACUAGGGCCUUCCUAUGAAGUCUCAAGAUAGCCUUUAUCCUGAAUUAAAAUAACCUGAGAUGCACUAUUUUAACUAGAGGUCAACAAAAUGAUGUUACGUCCUUGUUAAUGUUACUAAUAUUAGAUUUUACUUGGCAGUCCCUCGUUAUACUUUACUUCUAUAUUUUCUGUCUCAAUUUUUAUGUGCACUGCACUGCAGUGUCUAUUGUUUUUCUUUCUGGUAAGCCAGAAGAAAGUAAUGAAAAAUAAAAGUUAAGAAAAGACAUACAUGCCGAUUAGGUGCAUUUCCAGUCCUGCUUUGCAAUCACAUGUACUUCCUGUCUUCCCCUGCUUCAUGGGGUAUGCAGGGAGCUCCUGAGGAGAGCCAGGGACUGUGUCUGAUUCCAGAAAGGCCCUGAGAGCCCUUGUUUGAGGCUGCUCAUCCUGUCAGUGCUGAAGGGCUGAAGGAGAAUGUGGGGUUUCUCACAACUGGUAAACCCUGACAUUUUGUCUUUAGUCUCUUUUCAGUGUGAACUCUGUCAGAUACUCUGAGAAGACACCCAAUUACAGUCUGAAUUGCUAUCCACUGUCUCAAACUGCUCAAGAAAAGGGCCUUCUUUUCCAGAAUAUGAUAGCAUAUGUGUUUUCCGAGCUUUGAGCUUUUCAUAUGAAAUGACAAUAAAUUGUGCAUGAAGGUGAAACACUGAGGAUGAUGCAGCCUCAUUAAAUUGAAUUUAGUGGAUGGUUAAUUCUGAUGACUCUGAGAUAUUGCUCAUUCUGAAGUAGGCACGUUGGUGCCAGGAAAGUCCUUGAUGCGUUUGGCAUGGAACUGUGACAUUUAGCUAUUAGGCUAGAGUGAAAUAUUUCGAAUAGAGCUGAGGGCUAAGAACUCGAGUGGUCUCACUUCUAAUGCAUUUGGGUAGUUCUCUGUGUGCCUAAUUACAAUUAAGAAUAUUAUAGAUUUCCUAAGUAGUAAAUAUAUAUAUGGUCUUUAUUCAAAUGGAUUUGGCAGCCUUACUGGUCACAUAAAUUUGGGAUCUAUUUUUAAAUGUCUACAUUGCACAUUUUCAAUUAUCAGAAUGCAACCAUGCAUUGUGUGUGAAAAUGAAUUUAAAAUGAGGAACAAUAACUGAAAUAUAUGACAAAGGGGGAAACACUAACGCUUAGUAGGUUUUACAAAACAAAAUAAUUUCAUUUUUUUUUAAAAGGAUACAUAUUGUAGGAAGCAAGGAACAAAUGAAGACAAGUUCAUGGACUGAAACCUUGAUAAAAGUUUCUCUGUGGACAAAUAAAAUAAUCAUAAAAAUGGAAAAAAAUAAAAUCCUUUAAACAUUUUUGCUGAGCCCAACGUGCAGUUUCACACUACUAAGUAUUGAUAAGGCUGGGGAACCCCGAGAAGGGGAAUAGAGCUUUCUCUGACCGUUCAUGUACAAUUAGCUACAGGUGUUGUGUCGUGAGUGGUAAUCUGAAUUUUAACCCCAGUUCUGUAGUAUCCACUUUCAAGGCCUUGCUGCUGUGAAAUUAUUUUGCUUUGGUACUGAAUGGGUUUUCAUUAGUGAAUCUUCAUAUUUUAGAGAGAGAAAAAAAGUCAAAACUACCUUGUCUGCUUGGUGACCGUAAGUGCUUUGCGUCGUGAUUUGCUGACACUAAGGAGGGGUGUAUGUGGGUAACAGACCUUAUCAUACAGUCUCUGUCUCAAAUGCUACUGAGGCUGCACAGGGGUCAGACAAGGACACCAGCAAUCUGCAAAAGUGGAUUGUUUUCAAGAAGGCUCCAGAUGGGAUUUUACUUAUUUAUUUAGAUUUCCUUUGGAGAUCCAUCCAGUUUUGAUGCAUCAGACAUUGAUAUAAAUAAGCAAAACAUAAUGAUCUAGACUUGUCUUUAGUGAUUUGUAAGACAUCCUAUUUUUCUAUCAUUCUUUGUGAUUUUCUACAAUUUAUUCUGGAAGAGUCUAGAAAAAUCACAUCUCUCAUACCUAGCAUAAAAAGUACCCAACAAUAGUAAUUGACUGUAUUUGGCUAAAUUUACUACACAUUUAGGGGAACUAAAAUUUUGAAUAUUUAAUAAUGCAUUUAAAAAUAUUUACCAAGGUCAGUAUUUUAAAUCAUUGACUCUGUCAGGGACACUUUCACCUCCCACUGUAUCUAAAAUUGCAAAACCACUUCCAACUAUCCCUAUACACUUUCUCUGCUUUGUUUUUUCUCUUAGCAUUUAUGAUUAUCUAACACUCUAUCAGAAUGUAAACUCCAUCAGGGGUGGGAUUUUGUCUGUUUUGCUCAUUUUUGUGUCUCCAUUGCUUAGAACAGUGCCUGGCACAUAGUUGGCACCACAU